UCUGAUUCACACAUUCACACCUGCUAGCGGUGGCGCGAGCGACACCUGCUAGGCAGGACGAAGAGCGAAGGGUGAACGGGCAUCCAGGAAGGGUGAAGAUUCUCGGAGCUGCUCCCAGGAGCGGAGCAGGAAACAAAAUCUCCAAGACCACGGAAGACUGUUGAACCGGACCGGAUCCCUUACACCAGAGUACCAGCCGUGGGAGUGUGCGCUCUUGACACACUACCCCCCACCGCCGGGAUCAAGGACAGCAUGCUUCCAACAAGUCCCAAGACUCUAGUUCUCCUGGGCGCUCUGCUGACUGGACCCCUGGGCCCAGCAGGUGGCCAGGACGCACCCUCACUGCCCUGGGAAGUGCAGCGCUACGACGGCUGGUUUAAUAAUCUGAAGUACCACCAGCGCGGUGCGGCUGGCUCGCGGCUGCGUCGCCUAAUACCGGCUAAUUAUGCUGACGGUGUUUAUCAGGCUCUGGAAGAGCCGCUACUGCCCAACCCUCGCCGGCUAAGCGAUGCUGUCGCUAAGGGCAAAGCAGGGCUGCCCUCGGUCCACAACCGCACAGUGCUGGGGGUCUUCUUUGGCUACCACGUGCUCUCAGACCUGGUGAGUGUGGAAACACCAGGCUGCCCCGCAGAGUUCCUCAACAUUUACAUCCCACGUGGGGACCCGGUGUUCGACCCUGACAAGCGCGGGAACGUGGUGCUGCCCUUUCAAAGGAGCCGCUGGGACCACAACACUGGACAGAGCCCCAGCAACCCCCGGGACCAGAGCAACCAGGUGACCGGCUGGCUAGAUGGCAGCGCCAUCUAUGGCUCCUCUCAUUCCUGGAGUGACACUCUGAGGAGCUUCUCUGGAGGACAGCUGGCUUCUGGGCCUGACCCUGCUUUCCCGCGGAACUCCCAGAGCUCUCUGCUCAUGUGGAUGGCGCCGGACCCCUCCACGGGGCGGGGCGGGCCACAAGGGGUGUAUGCCUUUGGGGCCCAGCGCGGGAACAGGGAGCCCUUUCUGCAGGCUCUGGGCUUGUUGUGGUUUCGCUACCACAACCUGUGUGCCAGGAAGCUGGCGCAGGAGCACCCGCACUGGGGGGAUGAGGAACUGUUCCAGCAUGCUCGCAAGAGGGUCAUUGCCACCUACCAGAACAUUGCUCUAUACCAAUGGCUGCCCAGCUUCCUGCAGAAAACUCCUCCAGAGUAUUCAGGGUACCGCCCUUUCAUGGACCCCAGCAUCUCCCCGGAGUUCGUGGUGGCCUCUGAGCAGUUCCUCUCUACUAUGGUGCCCCCUGGGGUCUACAUGAGAAACUCCAGCUGUCAUUUCCGGAAAUUCCCGAAGGAAGGUUCAGACAGCUCUCCAGCUCUCAGAGUCUGCAACAGCUACUGGAUUCGGGAGAACCCCAAUCUGAAGACUGCUCAAGAUGUGGAUCAGUUGCUGCUGGGAAUGGCUUCCCAGAUCUCAGAGCUGGAGGACAGGAUAGUGAUUGAAGACCUGAGAGAUUACUGGCCUGGCCCAGAGAGAUUCUCUCGCACAGACUACGUGGCUAGCAGUAUCCAGCGUGGCCGAGAUAUGGGGCUCCCCAGUUAUAGCCAGGCUCUGCUGGCCUUGGGACUGGAGCCUCCUAAGAACUGGAGUGCUCUCAACCCCCAAGUAGAACCCCAGGUGCUGGAGGCCACAGCUGCUCUGUACAACCAGGACCUGUCCCAGUUGGAACUACUCCUGGGUGGACUCCUGGAGAGCCAUGGGGACCCUGGACCUCUAUUCAGCAACAUCAUUCUUGACCAGUUUGUGAGGCUCCGGGAUGGUGAUCGCUACUGGUUUGAGAACACUAGGAAUGGGCUGUUCUCCAAAGAGGAGAUUGCAGAAAUCAGAAACACCACCUUGCGGGAUGUACUGGUAGCUGUCUCCAAUGUGGACCCCAGUGCCUUGCAACCCAACGUUUUCUUCUGGCAGGAAGGUGCACCCUGCCCACAGCCUCGGCAACUCACAACGGACGGCUUGCCCCAGUGUGCGCCUGUUACUGUGAUUGACUACUUUGAGGGCAGUGGUGCUGGCUAUGGUGUCACGCUUGUAGCUGUCUGCUGCUUUCCAUUAGUGAGUCUGAUUGUCGCUGGGGUGGUGGCUCAUUUCCGGAACCGAGAACACAAGAUGCUACUAAAGAAAGGCAAAGAGAGUCUGAAGAAACAACCAGCCAGUGAUGGGGUACCAGCAAUGGAGUGGCCGGGCCCCAAGGAGAAGAGCUAUCCAGUCACUCUCCAGUUGCUUCCAGACAGAAGUCUGCAGGUCCUUGACAAACGGUUCACUGUGCUCCGGACCAUCCAACUGCAGUCCCCACAGCAGGUUAACCUCAUCCUGUCCAGCAACAGUGGACGUCGCACCCUGCUGCUCAAGAUCCCCAAGGAGUAUGACCUGGUGCUGAUGUUUAACUCUGAAGAGGACCGGGGUGCCUUCGUGCGGCUGUUGCAAGACCUCUGUAUCUGCUGCACUCCCGGCCUCCACAUAGCUGAGGUGGAUGAGAAGGAGCUAUUGAGAAAGGCUGUGACCAAGCAGCAACGGGCAGGCAUCUUGGAGAUCUUCUUCAGACAGCUUUUUGCUCAGGUGCUGGACAUCAACCAGGCUGAUGCAGGGACUCUGCCCCUGGACUCAUCCCAGCAAGUGCGUGAGGCUCUGACCUGUGAGCUGAGCAGAGCUGAGUUUGCUGACUCCCUAGGCCUCAAGCCCCAGGACAUGUUUGUGGAGUCCAUGUUUUCUCUGGCUGACAAGGAUGGCAAUGGCUACAUAUCCUUCCGGGAGUUCCUGGACAUCCUGGUGGUCUUCAUGAAAGGCUCCUCAGAGGAUAAGUCCCGCCUGAUGUUUACCAUGUAUGACCUGGAUGGGAAUGGCUUCCUCUCCAAGGACGAGUUCUUCACCAUGAUGCGGUCCUUCAUUGAGAUCUCCAACAACUGCCUGUCCAAGGCCCAGCUGGCUGAGGUGGUUGAGUCUAUGUUCCGGGAGUCUGGGUUCCAGGACAAGGAGGAGCUGACCUGGGAGGACUUCCACUUCAUGCUGCGGGACCACGACAGUGAUCUCCGAUUCACACAGCUCUGUGUCAAAGGUGGAGCUGGAGGCACCAAGGACAUCUUUAAACAAAGCAGUGCCUGUCGAGUCUCGUUCAUCAACCGGACUCCUGGGAACAGUUCCUGCCCCCCAGAAACGGCACUCUCUGACAUGGAAACCCCAGAACUGGGAAGUACUGGCCUAAAGAAGAGGUUUGGCAAAAAGGUAAUGGGGCCCUCUCCCCGGCUGUACACGGAGGCACUGCAGGAGAAAAAACAGAGUGGCUUCCUGGCCCAGAAGUUCAAGCAGUACAAGCGAUUUGUGGAAAACUACCGGCGCCACAUUGUGUGUGUUACAAUCUUCUCAGCCAUCUGCAUAGGCCUGUUUGCAGACCGUGCCUACUACUAUGGCUUUGCCUCACCACCCACGGACAUCGAAGAAACCACCUAUGUGGGCAUCAUCCUGUCCCGGGGCACGGCGGCCAGCAUCUCCUUCAUGUUCUCCUACAUCCUGCUCACCAUGUGCCGCAACCUCAUCACCUUCUUGCGGGAGACCUUCCUCAACCGCUACAUCCCCUUUGAUGCCGCUGUGGACUUCCAUCGCUGGAUUGCUAUGGCUGCAGUUGUCCUAGCUGUUCUGCACAGUGCUGGACAUGCAGUCAAUGUGUACAUUUUCUCAGUCAGUCCCCUCAGCCUGAUGGCCUGCGUCUUCCCUAACGUCUUUGUGAAUGACGGGUCCAAGUUUCCCCCAAAGUACUACUGGUGGUUCUUUGAGACAGUUCCAGGUAUGACAGGAGUCCUCCUGCUCCUGGUCCUGGCCAUCAUGUACGUCUUCGCCUCCCACCACUUCCGCCGCCACAGUUUCCGGGGCUUCUGGCUGACCCACCACCUCUAUGUUGUGCUUUAUGUCCUGAUCAUCAUCCAUGGCAGCUAUGCCCUCAUCCAAUUACCCAGCUUCCACAUCUACUUCCUGGUCCCAGCAAUUAUCUAUGGAGGGGACAAGCUAGUGAGCCUGAGCCGGAAGAAGGUGGAGAUCAGUGUGGUGAAGGCGGAGCUGCUGCCUUCAGGGGUGACCUACUUGCAGUUCCAGAGACCCAAGACAUUUGAGUACAAAUCAGGGCAGUGGGUGCGAAUCGCGUGCCUGGAUCUGGGUACCAAUGAGUAUCACCCCUUCACGCUGACCUCUGCACCCCAUGAGGACACACUCAGCCUGCACAUCAGGGCUGUGGGACCUUGGACUACUCGCCUCAGAGAGAUCUACUCACCCCCAGUGGGUGGCACCUGUGCCAGAUACCCAAAGCUGUACCUCGAUGGACCAUUUGGAGAGGGCCAUCAGGAGUGGCAUAAGUUUGAGGUGUCAGUGCUGGUAGGAGGGGGCAUUGGAGUCACCCCCUUUGCCUCCAUCCUCAAAGACCUGGUCUUCAAAUCGUCCAUGGGCAGCCAGAUGCUCUGUAAGAAGAUCUACUUCAUCUGGGUGACAAGGACUCAGAGGCAGUUUGAGUGGCUGGCUGACAUCAUCCGGGAGGUGGAGGAGAAUGACUGCCAGGACCUGGUGUCUGUGCACAUCUACAUUACUCAGCUGGCUGAGAAGUUCGACCUCAGGACCACCAUGCUGUACAUCUGUGAGAGGCACUUCCAGAAGGCGCUGAACAGGAGUUUGUUCACGGGCCUGCGUUCCAUCACCCACUUUGGUCGCCCUCCCUUUGAGCUCUUCUUCAACUCUCUACAGGAAGUCCAUCCACAGGUACGUAAGAUUGGAGUCUUCAGCUGUGGUCCUCCAGGGAUGACCAAGAAUGUGGAGAAGGCCUGCCAGCUCAUCAACAGGCAGGACCGGGCCCACUUUGUGCAUCAUUAUGAGAACUUCUGAACCUGCUCUCCUUGGUCCCUGUCCUGUCUGCUGUUCUCCUUAUUUAUUGUUACUGUCACUUGAGACCGUAGCCAGGGAACUGGAGCCCCACUCCUAACAGCGCCUAUGUUCUGGGCAGGUAGACAAGGCCACUCCAAUACUUAGCUCAUGUCACAGUAAGCUUUGCGAUGUAUAGCAAGGAGAGGAAAGCCCCUAUUUCUGACAACUGUGGAUGGGAACAGAACACUGGGGAUCACGUCUGAUGGGUCUCUGUUUCUGUUUUGCCUUCACAAAAUUACUAUAUUGCUAUGGACUUUUGUUGGGGGAAUUAAGAAAAGCAUGACAAUCUUCUCUGAGUUUGUCUCAGAAACCACACACUGCACAUAGCCCGCACAGCCCUCCUGCCUCAACUCAGGCUCUGGGUCUUUCCCCACCCCACUACCCCCCAGCUUCUGCCCCACACCUUCCUGCUCUGAGAGGACCACAAACCAUAAGGCUGCCAGAGAACAAAUGUCCAGAGUUCCUAAUGUCAUCCAGUAGUGUCUGCUGUCUUGACCCUUCAGUGAAUCCUCCUGUGAGCAUGAAGCCAUUCCCUGGGCUCCAGGGUCAAGGCAGUAAUGGUAUCUCUACCACACACCCCAAACCCCUCAGCUCCCUUUCCCCAGAGGAAGCAAAACAGCUUUCCUGGUUUGUGCAGUUCGGGCGCUGGAAGCCUCUUACCCUAGGGGAAUCAGCUGCCACCCAACCGCAGUACACAGAUGUUACCUCUACCCGCAAAAACCCUUUUCCUUCUUUCCCUGGGAUUUUCCUAAAAAGCUGAGCUGUAACAUAUGUACAGUUGAGGUGUAUUUGCAUAAAGUGUAUAAAUCUUAUAGUAGCUGCCGUCCUGGUCAAGAUAGAAAACAUUCCAACAUUCCAGUCACCCCGGAAGCUUCGCCGGUGAAUCUCCCUCAUGUAAAAGCAACCACUAGCAUGGCUUCUGUCACUGUACUUUGGGUCAUAUGGAAUGCACUUUUGAUCUUGGCCCCUUUCUCAUCCCCUGAUGCUUUUGUGAUUCAUCCGUGUCAUUGUGCAUGUUGGACAUUUGUUCCUUUUUAUUGCUGAGUAGCAUUUCAUUAAAGAGAUGUAUCUAUUUGUUUAGUCACUCUGCUGGUAGACAGUUGGCUUGUUUCUGGGUUUGGCUGAUUGUAAAUAAAGUUGCUAUAAACAUCA